GGCUCAUACGACUCGCAGAAAUACAAUGCGGAAGGCGAUUACGCUGACAGCGUUAAGCAUGAUGAUAAACUGAGCCUAUUCGAGAAGCGACCUGGAUCUCAAGCGAGUGGGGUGGUCAUCAAUCAGAACAACCAAGCAGGUUCUGCCUUCCCUGGUUUUGGUUCAGUGUCUACGGAUAAGCCUCUAGCGUUCAGCACUUAUAAGCCAGUGUAUGGAUCCAGCCAAUCUGGCCAGAGCCAUGGCUUUGGCUCUUUUGGAUCUUCCAGUUUUGGUCAAAGUGGUCAAGGAGUCCACACGCCUUCGAAGACUCAAUUUGGUCAGUCAAGCUUUGGGUCCCAACAAACUAUAACUCAAUUUGGUUCUCAAUUCGCCCAAGGAUCUAAACCUGGCUUCGGUUUUCAAACUGUUAAGCCACAGUUUGCCCUUAACCAGCCAUCUCAAGACUCAAGUAUUUUGCCAAGCACGGCAUCUUCUUUCACGCAGUUUGGAAGUCAAUCCGGCCAGCAAUCAGUACAAGGUUUGGACAUCCAACAAAACAAGCCUCUCGAAGGUGUUUUCAGCAAGCCUGGCACCAACAAUUUUGGAUCUUUGACUUCGAACUUGGGGCAAACAGGUUCAUCAAAUGUAGCUGAGAAAGAAUACUCGCCAUCGGUUAGCAACGACAGCCCAGCUCAAGGCGUGGAUUAUCAGAAACCACAGAUUGGAAUUGAUUCAACCCCUGCUUUUGUUAGUGGUGUUAAGCCAGUUGGCUUUGUCUCACAGUCUCAAGGCUCCAGUGCCACUGCCUCUGCAUCUGUCACCGGUUCUCAAACUAGUUUAAGCGGUUUAUCUCCUCAAGUUUUAGGAGGACUUCAAGGCCCAUCCAAAUCGCAACAAGGUCAAUAUUCUCCUCAGCCAUCAAUACCCCAAUUUGGAAGUAAACCUGUUGGUCUAUCAGCUAUUCUCAAACCAGCUUCUGCAUAUCCUCAAAACUUCGGAUUAAUUGGUGACAAGAAGCAGCCGCAACCAGCAGGGUUCCUAGUCGGCUCUGAUGAGUCUAGUUCAGGGCAAAAUUCGCAAGGCGAAGAUCACUCAUACCAUUACAAGCAACCAGCGAAGCCGUUCAACAGCCCUUCAUCAGUAUCACAAGGAUCGAGCCUAUCAGCUGGACAAAUAUCGCAAACAAGCAACCAAUUCUCAAGUUUUAACGCACAGUCGUCACAGAAGGAACAAUCAUCAGCAUCCAGCAAACCUUUCGGAUCAGCUUCUCACACCACAAACUCUGAUGCGUACCAACCAUCCCACAAUGCUGUGACUCAAGCAGCAGUAUCACCAUUCCCUUCACCAUCCCCGAGCCCAGUACCCUCAUUCCCCCAGAAAGUGCCUGCUCAACAAUCGUUCCAACAAGGUUCUAACAAUUUCUUGGGCCAGAAACCUUCAACUCAAAAGGAGCAAUCUUUGUUCGGUCAAACGAGUUCUGUUGCUUUCGUAGAAAGCCAGAAAGCCCCAAUAAGUUCUCAGAAUGCUCCAUCGGUUCCCGCACAACAAUAUACAGGAGAACUGUAUGAAUAUAACAAGCCGCAGCAAGGUAUCCCAGCUCCUACCCCGAGUUCCACUCCUAGCUCAUUAGGAACGUUCGGUCAGCCAAGCCAGGGGAGUUUCUCGCAAGGUUCAUUAAGCUCGUCCCAGUUUGGCCAGCCCUCUUUAUCUGGUAGUAAGCCAGCAUCAAAGCCCCAAUUUGGCUUUGGUCAAAGCAGCCAAUCAGGUUCAUAUUUUGGCAACAAGCAGCAAGGUUUUCAAUCUCAAUUUAACACACAAAAUGUACAUGGAUCGCAAAGUCAGUUUGGUGCUCAACCAUUAAAACCCUUCGGAUCCCAGUUUGGUAACCAAGGGCUAAAGCCUCAAUUUGGAUCACAGUCGUCACAGGGCAGCUUUUCACAAACUCAGCCUUUAAAGCCUUUUGGUAGUAAUUCGCAAUUUGGCGUCUCAGGAACUAAACCUCAAUUCGGCCAGGGGUCCCAAUCUUUCCAAGGUAGUAGCUUCCAACAGUCUACUCAGCAAUCUUCUCAGGGUAACAAGGCCACAAACAUUUACUUACCACCUAUUAGCAUAACUUCGUCUUUGGGUAUCCUAGGAUCAAAACCUCAAGUUGGUCAAGGAUCUCAAUCUUCACAAAGAAGCGUUCAGCAGUCUACACAGUCCAGUCAGUCUGUGACGCAACAGGCUCAAGAAUCCCAUACACAAUUAGGUUCGGGAGCCUAGCAAACCUUUCGGUGUAGCAUCUCAGAUUGGUAGCCAAAACAAGCCUCAAGUCAGCCAAGUGUUCCAAGCUUCACAGGGCUCAU